CGGAGAGUGAGCGGUUAACUGUGCCUGUUGGAAACCUAACCCUUAACUGGCUGGGAAAUACGCGGAUAGUUAAUCGUCUGUUAUAAGAAUACGCUGUAAACAGGGUAGCACUCUUUAAAAAUGAGAGAUCAAAAAUAUGAUAAAGGUGAGACAGUAAUGGCUCGAUGGCCAGGAAGCAGCCUUUUUUAUGAAGUGCAAGUUAUAACAUUUGAUGAACUUACACAACUUUACACUGUGCGCUACAAAGAUGGAACUGAACUUGAUAUUAAAGAGUCUGAUAUUAAGAGCAUGAUCUCCUUUCGGAGCAAGAAGAGAAGCUCGGUCUCUCCCUCUAGAAGAAGUCGAUCAAGGUCUCGGUCACCAGGACGUUCCAGAUCUCCUGGUCGGAACCAGAAAAAUGCCCAAUCUUCUCCUCGUCCAACCAGGGAGUUAAAUACGGGCAACAUUUUACAAGUUCAUCUAACUCCCUUGAAACUGCAAGAUUAUACAAUUGAGAAGAGCAAUGGUGAACUUGAGGGUGUUGAAGGAAAUAUUGUACCACAGCAAGUUACAAAGUUGAAAGAGGAGCAAGUAAGUGAAAUAAAUGAUAAGGUGUUGCGGUAUAGUUUGGCCCCAAGAAAUGAGAGCAAAACAAAUCGCUUUCACAAAGAAGUUCUACAGGAGAAACCUGUUGAAAACAAGGAAUUGGAAUUUGGAGGAACAAUUGGUGCGUUUUUCCUAAUUAUCACCAUGCCACUGCUUCUCUUCUAUAUGCUGAUGACGUGUAUGCAAACGAAUGCAAAUAUUUAUUUUACAAAGUCGGACUUCAUUAACACCUUUGGGCUUUUUCUUUUGUUUAUAUUUUUGCAAGCUUUUCUUUAUGUGGUUCCAAUUGGAAAGAUGGCAGAUGGUGCACCACUCGUAAAUGGAAAAAGGUUGAAGUACAAAGUAAAUGGAUUGUAUGCUUUGCUUCUGACUGCUGCAGUAGUAGCAACACUGCUUUACAAGAUUGAUCUCCUUUAUGUCUAUGACCAUUUUAUUCAGUUUGCUGCUUCUGCUACCCUGUUCUCUGUUUUAAUAAGCAUCUACUAUGGAGUUUCUUCAAAUGUUCCGAAAGAAGAACUAUCUGUGGCGGGGCAUUCUGCAGGAAAUUUCUUCUAUAAGUUCUUUAUGGGCCGAAAAUUAAGUCCUCGAAUUGGACACAUUGAUGUGAAAUGUUUCAGUAUACGUUUGGGACUAAUUGGCUGGGUAUUAAUUAAUGUAGUAAUGUUGCUAGCGGAAUUGAAAUUGCAGCAACGUGAUAUACCUUCAGCAUCAAUGAUCUUGGUAAACAGUUUUCAACUGUUGUAUGUCAUUUAUACACUUUGGAAUGAGGAACGUAUGUUGACAAGUUUGGAAAUUGUACACAAAGGAUAUGGUUUUAUGUUUGCAUUUGGAAACCUAGUGUGGGUUCCUUUCACUUACAGUUUGCAGGCCUUGUAUUUGGUCACUCACACUGUAGAAAUUUCCUUGCCCCUUGCUUUAGCUUCUGUUGCUUUAAAAGUUAUUGGAUUCUCUGUAUUCCUGGUUUCAAACAACCAGAAGUAUGAUUUCAGGAAAAACCCAGAUGAUCCAAGAUCAGCAGAUUUGGAAACUAUUUCUACAUCAGCUGGAAAUAAACUCCUCAUCUCUGGUUGGUGGGGGAUUGUUCGUCAUCCAAACUACUGUGGUGAUAUUAUCAUGGCUUGGUCUUGGUGUCUGCCUUGUGGCUUUGCUCACAUUAUUCCUUAUUUCUAUGGAAUAUUCUUAACGUUGCUACUUGUUCAUCGUGAAGCCAGGGAUGAAAAACAAUGCAAAAUAAAAUAUGGACUUGACUGGGAAAAGUACUGUCAACGUGUACCUUACCGCAUAUUUCCCUAUAUUUACUAACAACCUAAAACGUACUUUCCUUUAAAGUUUUUUUUUUUUUUUUUUUUUUCUUCUCUCUUUUGGAGAUUUUAUUAUAAUGCAGAAAUAUAUUGAUGUCCACAAAUUUCUGUGGAUGCUGUCUUGUAAUAAUAUAUAUAAAUAUAUUUACACACACAUUUUACUUGUCAUGGGCUUAAAGUUACUAGUCCACUCAAUGAAAAAGAUGAGAAAAAGUUAAAAAAAAAACAAAACUAAAAAAAGUUUACUUUACCGCUGCAAUUUGUUGUGGGCUCGUGGAAAUAUUUAGAUUAUUUUUUAAACUGUGCAUUAGAGACCACUAUAAUGCAUUUUGCUUUGCAACUGCUAGUAGUAGCGUCAGUGCUCCAUCAAAUUUUUGUGUUUAAGCAAUGUUUCCCAAGAUACAUAUUUAUAUUUCAAAAACGGAAUAUAAGUACAUUUUAAAUCAUGUAAUAUUGAAUGGUUGCCCACUUUUAAGCUCUUGUUUAUAUGUGUAAUUUGAAAGUGGUAGUCUUUAAACGUUUUACAUGAUCUCAUUUGCAGAAUAAAGCUAAUUUAAAAUUGA